UAACGCAAAUUAUAUAUUCUGAUAUAUAUUAUAUGGAAAAACCACCCAACAUUUUCACAAAAUACACCCACCUCUUCGGAUCUUUCAAGCACUUAGCACUACUUGCAAUGGCUAUAAGGCUUCAAUUUGAGAAUUCAUGUGAAGUUGGUGUUUUUUCAAAGCUAACCAAUACAUACUCUUUGGUUGCUACUGGGGCUUCUGAAAACUUCUACAGCGUGUUUGAGGAUGCGUUACCUGAAAAUUUUCCAGUGGUCAGGACUUCCAUCGGAGGAACGAGGAUAGUUGGAAGACUCUGUGCUGGAAACAAAAAUGGGCUUCUUUUGCCUCACACUACUACAGAUCAAGAACUUUGGCACUUGAGGAACAGUCUCCCGGACAGAGUAGUGGUUCAUCGCAUUGAAGAGCGGUUAUCUGCCCUUGGAAACUGCAUAGCAUGCCAUGAUUAUGUUUCUCUUGCACAUGUAGAUCUUGACAAGGAAACUGAAGAGAUGAUUGCUGAUGUUCUUGGUGUGGAAGUUUUCCCGCAUACAAUAGCAGAUAAUAUUCUUGUUGGAAGCUAUUGUGCUUUCUCAAACUUGGGAGGCUUGGUACAUCCUCAUGCAUCAAUUGAAGAUAUAGAGGAGAUUGCAGAUCUCCUUGAAAUUCCUUUGAUGACAGGAACUGUGAACCGCGGUAGUGAAGUGAUAGGUGCUGGUAUGAUUGUCAACGACUGGGCAGCUUUUUGCGGCUCAGACACUACAGCAACAGAAGUGUCUGUUAUUGAGAAUAUUUUCAAGUUGAGGGGGGCUCAAUCCAGUGUUAAUGAGAUGACGGAGUCUGUGAUCGACAUGUACGUUUGAGUUAUUUCGUAUAUAUUUUGUGUCCAACGUUGAAAGGUGAUGCAUCGACUCUAUAGUUAAUCUUAAUCGUGUAGUACAUUUAUCCAAUUAACUAAGUAUUUCAUAUGGAAUGGUUCUGAGUUGCUCGUAUGAAAAUGAUCUUUGCAUAUUCUUAA